AUGAUUAAAGAUCUAUAUUAUACUUACAUUUGCAAACCGUUAUAAUAUUCACAAUAUAAAUGCUCUCCAAAUGAUGUCACUUUGGCAUCUAGUAUUCCAAGAAGUGAUUAUUUAAAUAACAAAUAAUUAUCAUUUAAUUCUUUUGAAAAAGUGUUGAUGAUAUUAGGAGCCGUAACAAAAAUUUAGAAAGUAAAUUCAACUGUUUUGGGAUAAGAUAGGCUGAUUAGAACUUACACAUUUUUGUUACGGGUCUUCAAGUUGCAUUUACUCAAGAAAAUCAAAAGUGGAGAAUGUCUCAGAAUGUGGCAAAACAAAUUAGAUGCACUCUGUUCUCACUUCUCCAUGACCAGAAGAAUUUUGAGAUGGUCAAGAACAGCAUUCUAUCUUCAGAUCCUAUUUAAUAAAUUGAGUCAAUAAAAGAGCAAUCAUCACUUCAAACAUUAUAGGAAUCUCUAUGACAUCCUGUUCUACACCUAUCUUAUAAUUACAGACAUAAGUGACAUUAUUUAUUGGAUGUGCUUAAUAGGGCUAUGUAAUAACACGAAUUUGCAAAAAUUUACUAAGGAAUACGCACCUAGGUUUUAUUUAAUAGAAUGCAUUGGGUGGUUUAUAUCCUUAUGUUUUGAAUAUCGAGUUAAUCAAAUAGAUAUUGCUAAGGCUAAUUUACAAAAGGACCCAAAGAAUAAAAUUAAAAUAAGAUAAAUUCAAAUUCUCCAAAACUUAGUCAAAUAUGCCUUGGACAUCCCAGUUUCCUAUUCUUAUGUAAAUACUUAGGCUAUCACACAAGAAAAGGCUGUGAUUUUAGGGACAUUUUCAAGCAUUAUCAGUCUAUAUCAAACAUUUAAGUUGCAUUCUGGAGGUUUCUAAUGA